AUGGCGACCAAACGCAAAAUCGAGAACGCUCCGAACCCUGACAGUGCACAGACAAUCAGGGGUUUGGAUUUGCCCACCUAUGAUGGUGCAGGGCUUCGGAUUGGAAUAGUAAGCGCACGAUGGAACUCCAUAGUAUGUGACAGCUUGGUUGCUGGGGCUGUUGAAGCACUGACGUCCUGCAACGUCACUGACAUUACCAUCGAACAUGUCGCCGGAUCUUAUGAAAUUCCCCAGGCUGCCCAGGUUCUUUUGGAUUCUGGUCGGUUUGAUGGCGUCAUCUGUAUUGGCUGCCUCAUAAAGGGCGGCACCAUGCAUUUCGAGUACAUCAGUGAGGCCGUUACUCAAGGCAUCAUGAGACUGAACUUGGACUACAAAGUCCCAGUCAUUUAUGGCAUUCUGGGUUGCCUGAACGAAGAGCAGGCCAAAGAGAGAGCCGGAGUUAAUGGAGCCGGGCACAACAGCGGGAAGGAUUGGGGCAUCACCGCUGUAGAGUCGUGCCUCCUGACCAAGAAAUAUAGAAAGGUGCUGGGCAGCUGA